CUCCCCCUCCCCGCGCGCCGACUGACGUCACGCGCCUGCCUCGGCGUAUUAUUGCGUGAACUAUUUUCUGUAGUAGCAGCAGCAGCAAGCAGACAGCUUUUCCAGUGCCCAUCGCUAACACAGAGACAAAUACACGCCAGAUUCAGAGAGGAGGGGUGAGCGACGAAUUCAUCUCGGGCCACGGCUGUGGCAGAGCGCGGAAAGAGCCAAGCCGUUGCAGCAACGAUUUGACGCGUGAAUUAGCCGCGAGCGGGUGACAGCGCGAGAAUGGAUCUACCUGCCGUCGGGGAGCACGUCUUCGCGGUGGAGGGCAUCGAGAAGAAGCGCCUGCGGAAGGGCAGGAUCGAGUAUCUGGUGAAGUGGCGGGGAUGGUCGGCCAAAUAUAAUACAUGGGAACCAGAGGAGAACAUUCUUGACCCGCGACUUCUUGUCGCUUUCCAAAACAGAGAAAGACAGGAGCAGUUGGUGGGAUAUCGCAAAAGGGGACCCAAACCUAAGCACACCUUGGUCCAGCUCCCAGCAUUUGCCCGUAGAUCCAGCAUUCUGGGUGGUCUCGAAGACACAUCGUUGGACGAGGAGAACCAUCCCAAACUGGACUCCUUUCAGAUCCAGCGAUCACGACCGCAGCACUACCAGCUUAACAGUAAAAAACACCAUCAGUACCAACCCAGCAAGGAGGUUCCAGCAGAACAGCACAUCAGUAGGAAAAAGAAACACUUCUAUCAGCUAAACAGCAAAAAACAUCAUCAUUACCAGCCAGACCCAAAGAUGUACGACGUGCCGUUCUCGGGACCCAAAGAGGCCAAGGGUCAAGACCCUUCAAACAAAGGGUGGAACCUCCCUCCAGCCCUACAACAGAAGUGGAUACGGAACAAAGACACUGGUUGCCUGAGCAAAGUCAAAGAUCUCUCUGUUGAGCUUAAGGGACUGCCGAAUAACAGUAACAAGGAAGACCGUGCACUUAAGACGAGCUCCAAAGCCAUUGCGCUUCCUAAUGGCAUCGGCAGUAAGAUGAAAAUCAUCAAGAAUAAAAACAAGAACGGCCGAAUCGUCAUUGUAAUGAGCAAAUAUAUGGACAAGGGUGUGCAUUCAUCUAAAGGAAAAAACAAGGGAGCGUCUGCAGUACAGACAGCAAAACACCAAGGGGAACCAACAAGGAACAAUCUGAAUACAGGCAAUCAGUCUGAUGGUGAAACAUUGGGUCAAGUAGAGGGCCACAAAAAUGGUUUUCUUGAAAACAUCAGCAAAGUUUCUUCUGCUGAUGAUGGUGUUCACGAAAAGUCCCACAAAAAGGUCGAACCUUCCAAACCUAAACCUGCAGAGACUGAACAAAAAGUGGACGCAGUAAUCGAUCGGAUGGAAAUAUGUGACGGUCAGCCGCUGCCCUCCAAACCAAUGUCAGUGGAGAAAGCUGUUCCAUCUCACAUGGACAUCAAAGUCAGUAACCGCAAGAGAAACCUGUCAGAACCCGGUGAGGAUGUGAGAGAUUGUAAGCAGUUUUUCAGCUGCAGAAGCAUCAGCGCUCCAAAUACAGUUCUCUCUUCUCCUCAAAGAGAACCCAUCAAUUUGCAUUACAAAAGCUCCCACACCGGCGAAGCUUAUGGUUGUGACUUUACAGACCCCAUCCUUGAGGAGCCCAUUGACUUAAGUUGUGGUCCAACAAGAACUUCAAAACAGCUUCCCAUUGAAGCCCAUUCUCCUGUGGAGAAAGCAAAGGACAGCUCAGAGAAAGUGGACAACCAUUUCAAAUCGUUUCUGGGUAACGUUAUCAUCACGGAUAUCACCACAAAUUGUUUAACCGUGACCUUUAAGGAAUAUGUUCCCGGUGAAUAAUAGCAAGUGGAUUCUCAUCAGUUCGACUGGAUGUAUUUAAGAUGCAUUGAUGCAUCAUAGCCAUUCCAUUUAACAAAUAAGCAUAUAUAAGGUUUAUUUGUUUAAAUGUCAAUGAUGGGUUUUGUAAUGCAUACAAUUCAGAUGAUUUGCUGCAGUUUCUUAAAGUGUAACUUUGGGACAGUAAAUAAAAGCAUUUUUGUAUAAUAGACAGUGUAAUACCGCUUUGAAUUAUUAGGAAUUUGUACCUACCUGAGAAAAUAACUGGCUAAUAGAUAGCACACUAGUAAAACUGAAGAACUAAAGCCUAACAUUUAAUGCACUUAUCCAGUCUUUUCAAUGUCUGUGAAUAUAACUGUUGGGUAGCUAAAUAUACAUUUUUUUGAACUAACAGACACUCUAUAGUCACCCGUAAAGACUUUUUCUUCCACUGUUUUGGAUUUAAAACAUGUUCAGACUACAUAUAACCAACACAAUCUCAUGGGAAUUCGUACGUAUUUUAUGAAUUGGUUAAUUCUUAUGAAUUUAUACAAUCAACUUUGUAGGUUUUUGAAUGAUUUGCUUUCACCCCUGUUAUGUUGGGUUUAGGGGUGGGGUAUAAUUAUUGUUUUUUUUUUCUAAUUGUAAUUCAUACGAAUUAGCAAACUUGUACGAAUUCCCAUUUGAUCAAGUUGAGAACUAUAAUUUUGAGUUGCUUUAAAAGGUGUCAUCAUAAAUGUUUAAAUAUACUUUAAAAGUAUAUUUAGUGUAACAGAUCUUGUUUUGCUUUUGGAUGAAAUAUUUUACUUCCAGAUGUUGUUGACCUGUGAGGUCUUUCUUGUUCAAUGCCAGAUAAAAACUGGAUUGUUUGAUGUUCCCUACCCUUAAAACGUUUAAGUUGCACUUUAUCGUCUCCUGGACAUAUUUUGUAAUUACAUUCAUUAAAACGUUAAUAAAAGCUACAUCUAACCUUCAUGUGGAAUAAUUCUAUUGCAGCCGUGUGACCACAGCCACAGAUAAUCUGACCUGUAUGUCCUGUUAUAUGAUUAAAGAUCUUAGGAUUGACAGUAUAAUGGACGUAUAUGUCCAUUAUAAUGGACAGUAUAAUUCUGUAUUGGAGUCUGUUUACUUUCAAUACAAUGUAGGUACCUGCUCAGAUACUUAUAAUUGUUAACAAUUUAAAAUUGUAAUAUACAAUUUUUGUAAUAAUAGUGUCAGGGUUAUGGGUAUUUUAUAUGCAUGUAAUUUUAUACAUAAUACACCUUGAAUGAAAGUGCUUCUUAAAUCCAUGUGAAAAUCCCUUCAACAAUAAAAAUAUGUUUUGCAAUGUA